AACAAAGCUUAUGGAAGACAGAGAUUUAAGCUCCAGGACAGAGCAAAUCCUCUUUUACUCUUGGUCAACACCCAAAUGUCUCAUUUUGUCGCAAAUAACAAGUACAACUGGAUUCACUAAAUCACUCAGAUUUAUUUUCAUUUUAAAUGUAUUAUGUAUUGUAAUACAUUUAAAAGACUUGUAUUUGUCUUUAAAUUUAAAAGCAAAUAAAAAAGUAAAGUAACCUUAACCUUUUGUAAAAAUUUGCCAAGAAAGGGCUAGGGUUAGUGUUAGUUGGAAGACUAAAGGAAUAUUGGGUACAUUUAGGUGGUAGUAAAUACCAAAUGAUGAUGAGCUGAACUAUGACAUCUACUCCUCAACUCAAGAUGACGCACAUUUUGUAUUCAUUUAUUGUAAAUCUGUCUCGAGAGAACUUUAAGUUUUGACAACACACCCUGUUUACCACAGUUUUGGGUCUGUUCUUACAGUUUAAAAAUUAAAUUUGUUAAUUUCAGUGGAUUAGUGAAACAAUAUGUGCUUUCUCUGGUUGUGCAAGUUUUUGGAUUAACACGUAAAUUCAGACAAUCCUUCCGUUAGACUGAGGUUCAACGCCUGGUUGACCCACCUACAUAGGUUAAUAUAAAGUUCAGAUUCAACCACGCAGUCACCAAAUUUCAGCUCAGGAGCAUUCUGAACAUCUCAACACACAGACGACAUGGAACCAAGAGCCUCCCACUACAUUCUGCUGCUGUUGGUUGGCAUUUCCUUGGCGAAUCCUGUCAGGAAGCCUGGCCCUCCUGCAUUCCAACCAAUACCUGGAAAUGUUGACAUCACUUCAAAGUUUCUGGAGACCAACAAAGGAUCUUCCGAACACCUUCUUGAAGGAGAUCUGCUGUUUCCCAAAAUCAAAAAUGCUCUCUACUGCCUCAACAACAACAACAACUGUUUUUGGAAGAAAAACUCUAGCAACCUAGUGGAGGUCCCUUACACACUGAGCAGUGAAUACUCCUCUACUGACAUCUCAAUUAUUAAGAAUGCCAUGUCUACCUUUCACAACAAGACUUGCAUUCGCUUCAUACCCAGAUUAAAUCAAACUGACUACAUCAGUAUUGAGAACAAAGAUGGGUGCUACUCUUAUCUUGGUAGAAUUGGUGGCAAACAGGUGGUCUCCUUCAAGAGGCAAGGCUGUGUAUAUCACGGCAUCAUUCAGCAUGAGCUCAAUCAUGCCCUGGGCUUCUACCAUGAGCACACCAGGAGCGAUCGUGACAAGUAUGUUAAGAUCAACUGGGAGUAUGUCCCAACUGAUAAGGCCAGCAACUUCCAAAUACAGAACACCAACAAUCAAAACACCACAUAUGACUACAGCUCCAUAAUGCACUAUGGAAGAACAGCCUUCACCACCCAAGCUGGAAAGGACACCAUCACUCCCAUUCCUGAUGCAACUGUGGCAAUCGGACAGAGGCAGGAUAUGUCUAACCUUGACAUCCUUAGGAUCAACAAGCUUUAUGGAUGUGUUGUUUGAAAUAAUUGAAUACGGUUUACCCAUCCACAGAUUUAAUGUAAAUGGUGAUGGUCUUUGUCUUUCAUGGUUUUUCCUAAAUGAUGUUGGGGGGAUAAAGCAAAUAAAACUUCAA